CUCGGGCAGGUUUCCUGCGAACUCGUUUCUCCAAAGCUCAAUAGGGCGACCGAAGGGAUUCUCUUCUUCAACCUCGAGCUCUCCCAGAUGGCUGCCCCGGCGUUCGAGCCCGGCCGGCAGUCAGAUCUCUUGGUGAAGUUGAACCGGCUCCUGGAAAGGUGUCUACGAAACUCCAAGUGUAUAGACACCGAGUCUCUGUGUGUUGUUGCUGGUGAAAAGGUGUGGCAGAUACGCGUGGACUUACACGUGCUGAAUCACGACGGAAACAUCAUCGAUGCUGCCAGCAUUGCCGCCAUCGUGGCCUUGUGUCACUUCCGAAGACCUGACGUUUCCGUCCAAGGCGACGAAGUCACGCUGUACACCCCGGAGGAGCGCGAGCCAGUGCCGCUGAGCGUCCACCACGUGCCCGUCUGCGUCAGCUUCGCCUUUUUCCAGCAAGGAACAUACUUACUGGUGGACCCCAGCGAACGCGAGGAGCGCGUGAUGGACGGCCUGCUGGUGAUAGCUGUGAACAAGCACCGGGAGAUUUGCACCAUCCAGUCCAGCGGAGGGGUGAUGCUGCUCAAAGACCAAGUUUUAAGAUGUAGUAAAAUAGCUGCUGUGAAAGUAGCGGAAAUCACGGAGCUGAUACAGAAGGCCCUGGAAAACGACCAGAAGGUGAGGAAAGAAGGUGGGAAGUUUGGCUUUGCAGAGUCCAUAGUAAAUCAGAGAAUCACAGCAUUUAAAAUGGAGAAGAAGCCCGUUGACACCUCGGACGUGGAGGAGAAGGCGGAAGAGAUCGUUGCUGAGGCUGAGCCCCCCUCGGAGGUUGUUCCUGACCCUGUGCUCUGGACUCCUGGAACUGCCCAAAUCGGAGAGGGAAUCGAAAACUCCUGGGGUGAGCUCGAGGACUCCGAGAAGGAGGACGAGGACGAAGGCAGCGGCGACGAAGCGGUCAUCGUUGACAGUAGCAGAGUGGACACUGCCGCAGGAGUCUCUGCUGCCACAAGCCACGGUGCCCCCACCGUACUCUCAGACAGUGAGGAAGAAGAGACGAUCAUCUUAGAACCAGACAAGAGUCCAAAGAAAAUAAGAACACAGACCGUCAGUGCAGAAGGAAAAGCACCAAGUAAAAAGCCACUGAAAAGGCGGAGAAAGAGACCUGCUAACUGAAGCUCCUGUGGCUGUGCUUGUAGCCAUUAAAAGGCUGUUGGGCCGCACCAACAACCCCCUGGUGUUCUUUAUUCAUAAAUCCUUUGUAAAACCUGGUUACUUAUGUAGGUUUUAAGUAAAAGGUAUUUUCAUUCAGUGUGCGGCAGCUGACAGUCACUUCACUGUGACUGACGACGAAAUCAGCACGCUCAGCGAUGCUGAGGCUACACACACCCCAGUCCGCGAGCUGUGCAGUUGCUCGUGGGGGCGAAUGUGAAGGUGUUUCCCAAAGGCAAUGUUAGGGGAAACCUCACCGCUCCCCAUUCCAUAGUAAACCACUUUUUUCUCCGAAGUCCUGGAGUCAGGUUUUUACCUUACAUUUGAUAUCGCAACCAGGUUUUCCAAAUCAAUUUAUUCAUAUUCUCCUCUGAACAGCUGGCAUCUUUCAUACUUCCCACAGAAGCACUUAGAGUAACCAGACAUCUAGGAUAGUCACAUGUAC